AUGGCCUCCGCACCGACGCCGCCGCCCCUCCUACCGGUGACCAACCCCGCCCCCGGAUCGUCCCCGGCCGCCGCCGGAGGCUCCGAUGCGCCGAUCGCUACGCCGGCUCUCCGGCUCUUCCUGAGCCGGCUCUCCGACUCGGCGCGGCGCUCGCUGUCCGAUCGCCGUCCGUGGGGAGAGCUCCUCGACCGCUCGGCGUUCUCGAAGCCGGACUCCCUCUCCGACGCCACCUCCCGCCUGCGCCGCAACCUCGCCUACUUCCGCGUCAACUACGCCGCCGUGGUCGCCUUCGCGCUGGGGGCCUCGCUCCUGGCGCACCCCUUCUCGCUCCUCAUCCUCCUGGGCCUCCUCGCCGCCUGGUGCUUCCUCUACCUCUUCCGCGCCUCCGACCAGCCCGUCGUCCUCUUCGGCCGGACCUUCUCCGACCGCGAGACGCUGCUGGGGCUCGUCGGCGCGUCCUUCGUCCUGCUCUUCUUCACCUCCGUCGCGUCGCUCAUCAUCUCCGGGAUGCUCGUCGGCGGGGCCCUCGUCGCGGCGCACGGCGCGUUCCGGGUGCCCGAGGACCUCUUCCUCGACGAGCCCAACGCGGCCCCCGGCAACAGCGCGGCCCAAGGGCUGCUGUCAUUCCUUGGCGGACCCGGAUCUGGGGUUUGA